AUGGCCGGGCGACACCCAAGGACCAUCCCACGGUACGAACCCACCGAACACGGACCCGUCUGCCAGGCCUCGGCCGCUCCCGGCUCCGGCGUCACUGUGGAGCCCCCGCGCCCUCCGUCCUUCCCCGGCCAGGCCCGAGCCGCCCCGCCCCCGAGCCUCUGCCUUCUUUCCCAGGGGGCUCCGGCGGCUUCGAGCCCGGGCAGGGGCGUCACGGGCACAGGGCGGGGUCCCUCGGGCUCCUCGCACAAUCCCAACGUGCUUUCCAGAAGGGACGGGCCACCUCAGCUCCACCAACGAUGUAGCAGCGGCCCCCACGGCCCCCGCGCCUCCCGAGACCCCCGCGCCCCCCGAGACCCGCGCGGCCCCCGCGCCUCCCGCGGUCCCCCCGCGGCUCCUGCGCCUCCCGCGCCCCCCGAGACCCCCGCGUCCCCCGAGACCCGCGCGCACCCCGCGCCUCCCGCGCCCCCCACGCCCCCCGAGACCCCCACGUCCCCCGCGCCUCCCGCGCCCCCCGCGCCCCCUCCCUUAGCCAUCCCCUCCCCCCUCGGCCCAGCACUGCUGCGGCUCCAGGCCGCCCCUGCCGGAGGCUCCGGGAAGCGCCCCUCGCUGGGGCCGGGGAAGGUGGGGGAGGGGCCGGGGCGCGGUGACUCAGGCCGCCCGGAGGCAGGGCGGGGACGAGGGAACCAACUCCAGAUGUGCGCCCCUCCCCCCACAUCUGGCCGGGGAACCACCCAGCCUCCCACUCCGGGCCGCGUCCCCCCCCUCCCCUAA